AUGUCCAACGACGUGAACUUCACUGGAAAAGCCGUGGAGCUCGAGCAUCUCCUCACCCACGCAACCGUCUACUUCCUAUCCAAACCCUCCAAGUUUACCCUGGAAAAAACGAAGACUGGUUUCGUUGCGUCCAAAUUCCGCGGUAAAGCUCUGGACUGGCUCACGUCAAAACUGAAGGAUACACCAACUUUCCUCGAUGAAUGGGAACCAUUCGAGGACACGCUCCGGGACACGUUUUUGCCAUCCCAGGACACUCAGAAACAAUCGGCAGACCUCGCUCUACGUUCUCUUCGCCAGAAAGGCUCGGCUCAACAAUACGCGUUGGAGUUUGAUAAACUCAUGGUUGCACUCAACUACGACACCGCUAGCCGCAUGGUCGCUUUUCGUGCUGGUCUCAAACCAGAAGUGAAGAAACAGCUCGUCGGGGACUCGAGCACUACGUAUGAGGAGUUGCGCAGCACCGCCAUCAGCUACGAUGAAGAACUGUUCUCCCUGCGCUCCCAGCAGCGCCGCCGGCGUGGCAAAGGGCCCGCCUCAACUAAUAAAAAUACCAAUUAA